UAUAGUAAUUCCCUUACCGAACGAUACGAUCGGUUCUGCUUUUGGUCUGACUCGAAGUCCCAACAUCGAACUGCUUGCUCUAGAACAAGACCCGAAGGCAUAGGAAAUGUUCUCCACCAUAUGCCUAAAAAGGCUGCUCCUACUUGGAUAUGUCAUCCUCCCAUUGGUAAUCAUCAGACUCCUGGAAAUCCCCGGCUGGUUCCUGCACGGAAAAAUCGCCCAUUCCUCCUCCUUCGUCGAUCCCAAGACGCUGAGCGCUAGUGAGCUGAAGGCCCUAGUGGACAGACGCGGAUUGGAUGGCGCAGGCGCUGUAGAGAAGCAAGAUUUGAUGCAGCUGUUGGAGAGCACUGGAAAGCCGACCAACGGGGAGCUCCAGGAAGCAAUCCGCCGCAAAGACCAACAGGACGAUGUCUUCUCGUCCUCAUUCGAAAUGCAAUACCUCAUGAAUGUCCAUGACACAAACGAUGUCUGGCUCAUUCGGGUGUUCUCACCAAAGAAUACAAACUCUGCCUCGAUGGACGAUGACUCUUGGAAUUCGAUCGUCGAGAGGGUUUCUCGGUUUGGGGCUCUCUACAAGAAUAUUCAAUGGGAACUGAUGCAGCACUUGCACGACAUCCGAUCGCUGAAGGAACUGGAAUCGGAGUGGCUGAAUACCUCAAGUCAAGCGGACGGGAAGCCUCUGCGUGUGGUGUUCUUCACGGAUGCCCAGGCGGUUCCGCUGUCCCUGGCGGUUUUGAGUGUCAGACUCGCAAAAGGAAUUCAGGUUGGAGUCUUCUCGUCAUCCGAAGAGACGGAGAAGGAAGAAGUGUCUCGUAUGUACCCGGGUGUUCGGUUCCCAUCAUAUGUAGUUGUCACCCGAAAUGGCUACUAUGUGUAUGACUUUUUAGAGAAAGCAAUUCUCUACCUGGCAAUGACAUGGACGGCAAGCGUGAUCCGCGACGACAUCAUCUGGAUGCUGGACCGUCAAGGAUCCAUUCUUCUCCCGUGGGCGCUCUACAGCCUUUUCGUCUUGAAAGCUUUUUCGUCGUUGAGGGUUCCCGAUCCCUCAUCUCAAGCGGAGGAGGAACGUAGAAGAAUCAGGACGAAUCCAAAUCCUGUCUCCACGAAUGAAGUGCGGAAUAUUCCUUUUUCUAUCAAUCAGAUUAGGAAUCGACCCAGCAGCUCUUCCAGGCCUAUUCGCUCUCGCCGGGGAGUUCCGCGUCCUAUGUCAUUCAGAGAGAUACCCGACUUGCCCCUGGAAAUAUGGACAUUGCAGAGCCUAUUGCAACACGAGGAGCGCUUGCAACACGCGGAACGAUUGCGACACUUCCUACGCUUGACUAAUUUGAAUUCCAUUGAUGAGCUCCAAGUGAGGAAUUUCGACUUCCCUGCACUCACAGUUAUCAUCGGGAUUGCAUUCUCAAGUGGCUGCAAGUGAAUCCUAAUUGUCCCGUAUGCCGAUGGCCAGAGAGUGAGUCUCACGAUGAAGGAGUUCGACGAACUUGACUCCCCAAAUUCUAG